CAUCGUUGCAAUGGCACCAAUGAACAAGUCUUCAGAUUUUGGAAUGGAAAUGUUCGAUCAAAGCAAACAAUCUAACAAGAAUGCAGUGUUUUGGCGUUGGUUUGUGGCAGGGACACUGCUGAACCUGUGCAUCACAUCGGUCCUGGUUGGCCUGACUGUGUUCUACGUCCACACGGAGCUAAAGUCAGUAAGGCAACAAAUAGCGAGCAACGAAGAUCGUUUGUCAUUAGUCGAGAAGGCCAUGCCACAAGGAACACCUGACCCGACUUCGACGAAUGCCCAACUGCGAAUUCGAAGGGACCAAGGCAAUCCCCUGCCAGUCAGCCACACCGUCAAUCAAAAUGUGACGUUCCCAUUUGCGUGGGACAUUGGGCGUUUUGGAUAUGGAGGCUGUCGUGACGGUAGGGACGGGCGUGAUGGACGAGAUGGAAUUCAGGGCCCAGCAGGCCAGCAAGGCCCAAAAGGAGUCAAAGGUGAACCGGGUUUACCAGGUGCUGCAGGAAAAGCCGGACCCAGAGGGCUGAAGGGAGACUCAGAGGACACGGAGCCACGUGACCACCGUGACAACCGAAUGCUGUUAGGGGGAGAAACUUACGUCCGAUGGGGGCGCACUAUCUGCCCCAAUCACACAAGCACGGAACUGGUGUACGCAGGCUUCGCAACCGGUUCGCAUUACACCCAAAAAGGCGGCUCCGUGGAUUUUAUCUGCCUUCCCACUAAUCCUGACUGGGCGGCAUCUUACAACGACGGGUUUAACUCACAUUCGUAUCUGUACGGAACAGAGUACGAGGUAAGCAACUACGAUCCGUUCUCCCACGAGAACGCCGAGGUCCUUCACGACCAUGACGUCCCGUGCGCCGUGUGCCGCCUCGUGGAUCGCGGGACCCAGCACCUGUUCCCGGCCAAGCUCGGCUGUCCGGAAACCUGGACGGAGGAGUACAGAGGCUUCCUCAUGUCUGGAUAUCACAGCCAUGAGCAGCGGUCCAAAGCCGUGUGCGUGGACCAAGCCCCGGAGGUGGUCUCUGGUAGUCACGCUAGCCAAGACGGAGCACUAUUGUACAUCAUAGAGGGGGUCUGCGUGCCCCUCCAUUGCCCUCCGUACGUCAACGGGCGUGAAAUAACCUGUACCGUCUGCAGCAUCUAAGGCGGCUGACAUGUCACUCUAUAGUCGAUAGUAUUGUGCCGACGUCUGGGAAAUGAUGACUGGAAGUGGACCUCAUGGUCUAGAGUAACAUUAUUUGCUGUUCGUCUCUUUGACAUGAUGUGCACUUGCGCAGUUGUAAUGCUUGCAGUUGUCAUGCUUGUAAUGCUUAUAGUUAUCAUAUAGAUAUAGAUUUGGAGUUCGUUCAAAUACCAGAAAACAAUUUCUAAAAGCCUGAGUAUUGGCUACAAGCACCCCAUAAUGAUUAUUAGCCUAUAUUAGCGCUGUUUGUUUUGUGUUAAGUCGUUGAUAUUUUUACCCAAACCAAGGGUAGCGCCCUCCUAGUGCGUCGGCCAUACCUCAAAUAGUCUAUGAAGAUUAACAUUUUACCUCGCAGUUAAUAUGGCUGACUCGUAGACAAAGUCUAUUGAAAAUCGUGAUGUGUACAUGGGCUGGUGAAACUUGUUUAUUUCUGCAGGAAUAUGGACUCCGUGUAUAAGCACGCCCUCAACGGUAAUAAAAAGAAAGUUGGGAGGGACCAUUGGGAGGGAUUCUAGAACCGAUUGCCGAUGUGUUCCCUCAUACUGAAGUUCUCGUGAGUGGUGACGAAGCGCCAUCUAUUGCUCAUGCACGGAGUCCAUAAUACGCAGAGGCUCAGUUAAUAACGAUGAUCUUUACAUCGUGCCAGAAACGUCGAUCCAGUUAAACUUCUUUGCUUUGCAUUCAAAUCUUAACAAUGUGUAUGCUUUUACUUAAAGAUUGUUUGGUAUCGCUGACCUUGUGCCUUCUAAUAUACUAUGUAGUUUAUCGCAUUAUAUUAUUUACAUAAAUGUGUUAUCUCUGUCGGUCAUCUAUAAGAGGAAUGAGUUACUUGACUUGUUGUUGAUUUCAACAACAUCAAAAUGUCGUGAACACUUCACAGCCAAAAGCACGAUCAGUAUUGUACCCAGACAAUGAUUUGAUGUUGGAAAUAAACGUUUUGUCAUCAGCAUGGGGA